CUAUGCGGUACGGAGACUGGGAUGUGCUGUUAUUUCCCAGAGACUGCAAAGUACCAUUCAAAGAAUUCAAGGUAGACUGUCACAUUGUUCAUGAUACAGAAUUCGCUCACAGCUAUGGUUCAUUCUGCCUACCUACGGUUUGCUGCUUCGUCCCUGGCCUAGUUCCUGGAGAACCAUUCCAGAUAUCUAUUCAUUCUUGGAACCCUCCGACAUUCGACCCAAUCACUCAGGCAUACCCUCAAUAUCAAGAUAAUGCAGUUUUUGAAGCAAGAGUUUUCAUAGAUGGUCGUCUUAUAGCAUCUACUUCCUUUGGUAACGAAAAAACGAUGCAGACAUGGCCAUACGUUAUCGAAUAUAGUAUUGCAAACUCGAUGAAAGGCGACCUUGAACCUCUCCGAUUUCCCACCUUUCGCAGCGAGAUACUCGAACAAAAUUAUUGGAGCCCCGCAGACGACAUUGGGAGAAUCAAAGUAACUAUAAGUGAAGGAUUUCUUCAGCCCUAUACGGAUAGAUCCGUGGAAAGGAUCAAGAAUCUUGUGUCCUUUUCGUUUCAACAUGUUCCUGCAAAGAUACUUGAGUCUUCAGGGAUAGCUUGGCCAAAUGAGCGAAUGUGGCAGGCUGUUCGAUUCAAUUCGUCUAUGACCGUACCAACGCUGCCCUCGGACGUACCUGAUUCCCACGCCCACUCUCCGCGAAAGAGAAGCAAACCAAUCAAGACAGCCAAAUUUCCCAUGGCCCAAGAUCGAAAUUGGCCAACGAAUGAUGGACCAAUCGCUCAUCAGCAGUUAGGAUUCGCUGGAGACCUCCGCCUUGGCGAUGGUAUACAUGGAAGGAUGAAUCAUGAUAAAAAGUCGAACACGGACUCUAGUAUGCCCGAUUAUAUGAGUCCUAAUACGGCCGCAGUUCAAAUUUUUGACAGCGAUACUGGUGAACACUCUGAUCUUGAACAAAUGCUCAACGCCCCAACUAAUACGCCUACGUCACGCCCAUUGGUUUCCCAGGACAGAGAUCUCGCAAGUCGAAUUGAAGGAGUGCGCAAGAAGCCAUUUGAACCUCUAACAGAGCUGAGUGAUUCGAUCCUGAAUCAGCCAUCGCUGUUCCAUCUGGCGAGGCAUUAUAACGGAGCACCGCCGUGGAAUAAAGAUAUUGGAGAUGAAGUAGUACCCGCUGAACUUGUAAAUGAUAACAUGCCUCUGAGAAUGAGACCAAGUAAAGACUUGCGUCUGGAGCCAGAUGAAAAGCUCGCUUCACUCCAUGGCCAACAAAUUAUUGAUGAUAGUGAUUCGGGUUGAGCGGUGCAGUUGCUCGAUCUUUUAUUGACGAAGAUUACCUUGAGAGAAGAUGAAUGCCGACGAUUGGCAUCUCACGGAAUAUGCUACUGAGCCAAGAGUCACGAUUGUAUUAUAGUUGCGAAGACAUCUUUACGCUGUGUCACAAACUUAAUGUUUCGGGACUAUGAAGGAGAGA